AUGACGUACAGCUAUUCCGGGAACUGGCGAGACAUCACUAGUGAGUCAGCAAGAAUACCUCAAGUGCAUCAAGGACCAAAAUCAACGCAAACGAAAUCCUUCGCAGGCGCUAGUUCAGCUGUCGAGCCGCUGUCUCUCUCUGAGCGCUUCCCAGCCCCCAAUGUAAUGCAAGUCUGGCAACAAAAGGCCACAGUGAAAGCUCUUACGCGAGUGGGUUUACAUAGAGAGUCUUCAGCGGGGCAGGACAGCUCUGGCAGCUCACUCAUAAUUGCCAAGGCAGCUAAAGAAGACAACGGACGCUAUUUGUGCGCGGCAAACAAUGCUGAAGGCCCCGGGCUCUCGAAGCUCGUCACGGUAACUGUCUUAGAGCCUCCAUGGUUUCCCGUACGUGGGCACGAGGUGGUGGUCCAGGUGCGGGGAGCGGCUGUGUUGGAGUGCAGUGUUCGAGGAGACGCUCCGCUGGCGGUGCAAUGGCGCAGAGACGGCCAAGUCCUGCCACUAAUCGGCUCAAAGUACAGCGUUGAACAAGAACACGGGGAAGAAACCACAAAGUUGAAGUUAACAUUGAAUGACGCUUUGGCUUCUGAUGGCGGAGCCUACGAAUGUCAGGCUGAGAACCUGCAUGGCUCAAACAGCUUGGUUUACUCCCUAGUCGUGCGAGUGUUGAAGGGGAGGUCAAUCCGCCACGUGGGGCAACUCACGGCCGUCGCAGGCCAAACCUUGAGUGUCACCUGCCCCGUCGGCGGCUAUCCCAUCGACAAAAUAACCUGGCAAAAAGACGGCGUGCAGCUUCCGGCGACGCAUCACCAGCGCGUGCACGUCAACGGGACGCUGACGAUCGCUGCGGUCACGCGGGAGGGCGACGAAGGCAGCUACUCCUGCACGGCGCUCGACAAGCAGGGCCGCUCCGACCACCAGACGCUCCAUAUUCAAGUUAUGGUACCUCCACGUCUGGCGCCCGUCGUAUUCGUUGGAGGUACGAGCGCAGGUCUGCCUGCUCAGGCAACGUGCAUCGUGUUGAGUGGCGACCCGCCCAUUACCCUGCGCUGGCUCAAGGACGGCCAGGCAAUAACUGCUGCUGCAUCAGGAGUGUUGAUAUCACAGCACAGUGAGAUCUCCUCCACCUUGUCUAUCGACCGCACGUCCGGCGAACACUCCGGCAAUUACACGUGCACAGCUUCGAAUGGUGCGAGGACUACAUCUUCUUCUGCUGCUCUCACCAUCAACAUUCCCCCGACGUGGCUGGUAGAGCCCUCUGACGCAGAUGUCUCACUGGGCGCGUCUCUGGAGAUACCCUGCAGCGCUAGCGGCUUCCCGACGCCCAGAGUUACAUGGAGGAAACAAACACAUUCCGGGAACUGGCGAGACAUCACUAGUGAAUCUACACGAAUACCUCAAGUGCAUCAAGGACCAAAAUCAACGCAAACGGAAACCUUCGCAGGCGCUAGUUCAGCUGUUGAGCCGCUGUCUCUCUCUGAGCGCUUCCCAGCCCCCAAUGUAAUGCAAGUCUGGCAACAAAAGGCCACAGUGAAAGCUCUUACACGCGUGGGUUUACAUAGAGAGUCUUCAGCAGGACAGGACAGCUCUGGCAGCUCACUCAUAAUUGCCAAGGCAGCUAAAGAAGACCACGGACGCUAUUUGUGCGCAGCAAACAAUGCUGAAGGCCCCGGACUCUCGAAGCUCGUCAUGGUAACUGUCCUAGAGCCUCCAUGGUUUCCCAUACGUGGGCGCGAGUUGGUGGUCCAGGUGCGAGGAGCGGCUGUGUUGGAGUGCAGUGUUCGAGGAGACGCUCCGCUGGCGGUGCAAUGGCGCAGAGACGGCCAAGUCCUGCCGCUAAUCGGCUCAAAGUACAGCGUUGAACAAGAACAUGGGGAAGAAUCCACAAAGUUGAAGUUGACAUUGAAUGACGCCUUGGCUUCUGAUGGCGGAGCCUACGAAUGUCAGGCUGAGAACCUGCAUGGCUCCAACAGCUUAGUUUACUCCCUAGUCGUGCGAGAUGUCCCGUCAGCGCCAAGUGGCGUCAAAGUUUCAGAGAAAGGCGCUCGUUUCAUAGCUCUUGAAUGGUCUGCUUCUGCUGAGCGUGCCUCCGUACCUGAAUCAUCAGAUAUCAACUUUAUCGUUUUCUACGCCACUGUUGAAGGUUCAUAUAAAGAAAUAAAAGUCCCAACCUACUUCGCACGAAUCACCGGCCUUGAUCCCGCGACGCGUUACUUGUUGCGCGUGGCGGCCGAGAACAGCGUAGGCAGGAGCGACGCUACGGAGGUGCUCAUGACGGCGACACUGGAGGAACCUCCCACGGGACCCCCCAGGAAUUUAAAGGUCGUAGACGUUUCGAAACGGAGUGUGGUGCUGCGAUGGGAGGCACCAUUGGCAAACUCGACCAACGGCCUUAUACGUGGCUACAUUUUAGGGUAUCGCAAGAACAGCGAUGUUCGAAUAUCAGACUCGACAAUUGAGGUUUCUAUGGACGGCUUGAGACCACACUCCCGAUACGCACUCACUGUUCAGGCCUAUAAUUCAGAGGGCACGGGUCCUUCAACUCCUGCGAUCACGAUCGUUACCAAAGAAGAUGUCCCUAGCUCACCUCCCGAGAAAGUUAUCUGCGAGGCUAUAAGCGCGUCCGAAAUUUUCGUAACGUGGACACCUCCACAUCCUGACGGUGCCAAUGGCAGGAUCGUCAGCUACAAAGUUCACUACGAAAAGGCUGAUCAUAUCAAAGGUAUCGGAUUCUCGGGGAGUAGCAGCCAAAUCACUCCCCUGCGUAGUCUACUUCCCAGUCACCACGAACAAAAAUUUACAAACAGAGAAAUAAGUUCAAAUUUCAGACUCGAUUCUGAACCAGAAGCACCACAUUCAGCCCCUGAACCUCCUGGCGAGGUGCUGGUGAACGACGGUCUCGAAACUCGUCUCACGUCCCUCAGGGCCUUCAGCAACUUCAGCGUGACCGUGGCCGCUGCCACUGCUGUAGGCGUCGGAGUGCCCUCUACGCCCAUCAUUUGCGCCACAGCUGAAGGAGUGCCGACAGCUCCCACUGCAGUCAAAGUAGUCCUUAGUAGUAAGAGGAAGGCCAUUGUGUCGUGGCGACCUCCUGACUCUCCUCGAGGGCGCAUCACGCACUACGCGGUGCAGUGGCGCCCGGUGGUUGACAGUGUAGGGAACACGCGAGAAGUUACAGUACCUGGCGACAGCCAGCACUGUGAGUUGCUGGACCUGCCAUUCGAUGAGACUGUCCAGGUUGUGGUGCUAGGAUACACCAGAGUAGGAGCUGGUGCCGCUAGUCAACCAGCGAGCAUCGUUGUCUCAGAAACGAUUCCUGCAGGAGUUUGGUCGGUGGGAGGCAGGGUAUCAGUGGCAUGGAAGGAGUCCAUAUCAAUGCCUUGUAAUGUCGUUGGUUUACUGCCACCUACCAGGUCCUGGUCUCGGGACGGUCUCUUCCUCAAUCAAGACAGCCGAGUAUCCAUCCUGGAUGACGGAGAAAUGCGCAUACUGGACGCGCAGCGCAGCCACAGCGGCCGCUACACCUGCACGGCCACCAACACCCACGGCAGCGACAGCGUCACCUACCACCUCAGUGUCAUCAGUGAGUGA